UACUCAUCCUUUUAGCUGUCAGCUGAUUGUCGAGUUGGAAGAAAAAGAAAACAUAGCCAUGGCGGCAGAGAUUCAUUCGAGGCCUCAAAGCUCAAGACCCGUUCUUCUAAAUAAGAUCGAAGGACAUUCUGACGCGGUCAAUGCUGCAGUUUUGAUACCGAAAGAGGACGGAGUGAUCACAGUUAGCGAGGACAGAACUAUCCGGGUAUGGCUGAAGAGAGACAGUGGACAGUACUGGCCCAGCAUCUACCACACGGUCUCCUCGCCGUGCUCCUGUAUGUCGUACCACCACGAUAGCAGGCGCAUCUUCAUAGGGCAGGACAACGGGGCCAUUGUGGAAUUCCUUCUGUCUGAAGAUUUCAACAAGAUGAACCACGUGAAGACGUAUCCUGCCCAUCAGAACCGUGUGUCAGACAUGGUGUUUUCUCUGGAGAGCGAGUGGGUGGUGAGCACCGGACACGACAAGAGUGUGAGCUGGAUGUGCACCCAGAGCGGCAGUAUGCUGGGGCGCCACUACUUCGACUCCUGGGCCUCCUGUCUACAGUAUGACAAUGACACCCAGCAUGUCUUUAUAGGGGACCACUCAGGACAGAUCACCCUGCUGAAACUGGAGAGACAGACCUACUCCACUGUGACCACACUGAAGGGCCACGAAGGUAGUAUUGGAGCUCUGUGGUGGGAUCCUGUUCAGAGGCUUUUGUUCUCAGGCGCGUCGGACCACAGUGUCAUCAUGUGGGACAUCGGGGGCCGCAAGGGACGAACACUACUGCUCCAGGGCCACCAUGAACGAGUGCAGGCGGUGCGCUACCUGCAGCUGACCAGACAGCUGGUGUCCUGUUCUGCAGAUGGAGGUGUCACAGUGUGGAACAUGGACACUCCCAGACAAGAGGCUCCUCAGUGGUUAGACAGUGACUCGUGUCAGAAGUGUGAGCAGCCUUUCUUCUGGAAUGUCAAACAGAUGUGGGACUCAAAGACGAUUGGUCUUCGGCAGCACCACUGCAGGAAGUGUGGCAAGGCGGUGUGUGGGAAGUGUAGUUCCAAGCGCACUACAUACCCUGUGAUGGGCUUUGAGUUCCAGGUGCGCGUGUGUGACACCUGCUACGAUACCGUCAAGGACGAGGAUCGCACUGCGUUAGCAACGUUCCAUGAGGGGAAGCACAACAUAGCCUUUAUGGACAUGGACCCUUCCAGAGGCCUGAUGGUGACCUGUGGCAGCGACCGUGUCGUCAAGAUAUGGGACAUGACGCAAGUGGUUGGCUGUAGCAUAGCAACAGGCUUUUCCCCACGUUGAUUAACCCCUGCCCCCGAUCGGCCCCCAAACUCUGUCCUCUGCACUACUGACGGGUGUCUCUGUCCUUGGGACCUCUGUUGCAAUGACAACUCCUCUGUCUCAUCCUUCUGGCUCCUCUUUGUCUGGCUGCUUCUGUUCUCUCACAUCCCACUGAACGUUUGGAUGAAGAUACGUGUGUGCUGUGUAAAUGGGUGGGUACUGGUGUUGGUAACCCUUCGCUUGAUUUGGUGUCAGUUUUGUACGACAGAAGUCUCAAAUGUGUCUCAGGUCUAACUUCUAAUGUGUACCCAUUCAGUGGAGCUCCAAGCACUGUGUGUGUGUGUGUGUGGAAAGAGCAGUGUUUGUGUUGACGUAUGUUAGACUUCUGUCAGGUUUCUUUGACAAAGUGGGUCACAUUCCUCUUGCACUGUAACAUUGGACUGCUAACACCCAUCAUCCACAAUGCCCUGCCCAACAGACACACAGGGCUCUCCUAUUGGCUGGUGACUUCAACUUUCUACAUUUGAAAUAUUGCAAAUACUAACCAUUAAUUACAACACUGCUUGUAUAUAUGCAUAGUGUGUACAGUAUGAGAUGCAGUGUUACUUACCUCUGUAUAUCCCUCAAUGAUCAUGAGGUCAGUUUCUCUCUUUCUCGCUAGGCCUUCUCUUUCCCCCUCCCUUGUUCUCUCUUCACUAGUUGGCCUUAAACUCACUUGUUUGUCUCGGAGGAGGAGAUGGAAGAGUCAUUAGCCGGCAUGGCUGUACGUGCCCGAUUGACGCUCGAGCUGUCGGCAUGACAACCCUUGCCGAGCCGUAGGCACAGCUGUUCUCCCCCAGACAUUGUCCAACUUUACCUCAGACACACCUAAAACAUCUCUUGUCAAUUUUCUGUGCAGAUAUCACUUCUAGUCCUGAUAACCAAGACCCCAUACUCUAUUGCCUUUGUGAUAAGUUAAGAUGAAUUUGCGUAUAAUGAAAAACGGUGUACGGUUUUGAUCAGUCGGUUUUUGUUCUGCUUUUUCUCUAUUUAGACAGGCACUUAGGUACUGAAAUGGUAGUGUAUAAAAGUGUAGCACUAGUUCCCGUGCACACUGAUGUUUUACACGGUUUCUUCUCACUGUGAGCUUGUGGGUCAAAUUAGAAGCUGCUUGCGUUUCCUCUAAGGCCUUAAGAGAGCGGGACGCCCCAAGCGUUCUCUUCUCACACGUACGCACACACACUCUGCUCUGUAGCAUAGCUGCAUUUUUCACUUAACCGUCACCCAUGAAUACUUUCAACACUAUCGACUUGCUUCUAGUUUCUCUGUCACUCUCCCGCUCUGUUUUGUUUCCAGAAGGUUCUCCACUGCACUGAAAUGCACUAAAUGUGGUUUAGAGAGCAGAUGUGCUUUGCAUUUAAAAAAAUUUAAAAAAUGUUUUUGUAAGUUUGCAUUUCGGGGGAUUUGCUUCAUUACGGCUCGAGUUACGUGGCGUCCUUAAACUGGUAAAUAUUUGGCUAAUUUGUGGUAGGUUAGACUAACGCUUGCCUUAAGGUAAAACUGAACAUGACAUGGGAGUUACAAUUUGUUUUCAAUUGUAAUCCCAUUCCAGGUUUGAUCACCUAGUGUAUAAUAUUUAUAUUUGUAGCAAUGUGUUUCUGGUUGUUUACGUCAUGUACACUUCAUGUAUAGGAUGAUGAUGGUGGUGAGUUCACACAGACAGGAUGAUGUCACUGAGAAAUCUGUCACAGAUAUGCUUACUAUGUCAUGUCAGAAACAUGAUGACAGCUUUGGGAGAUAUGUUUAUGUCACAGAGGUGUUGACAUAAAGACAUUUUGUGACAUCACAGAGAUACAGGGGUGUUGAUGUCAGAGGGACAUUGUGAGGUCAUAGAAGCGGCAGGUAUUCUAGCGGUUAAGAGCGUUGUGCCAGUAACUGAAAGGUCGCUGGUUCGAACCCCGAAUCGAUUAGGUGAAAAAUUGGUUGACGUUCCCUUUAGCAAGGCGCUUCACCCUAGUUGCUCUGGAUAAGAGCGUCUGCUAAAUGACUCAAAUGUCAAGUACAGUCAUCAGGGAUGUGCAGUGUUCUUGGGGACACUUAUACUACAGUACAAUCAAGGCUCAAGUUCAGCUUUUAUUUAUUGUGUUAGAUCAAAAGAAAUCUCUGGUGCUCUGUAAACAUGACCCUAACCUUAACCCUCUGCGUUAUAGAGGAUGCCGGAGUUAUAGAGGAUGCCGGAGUUAUCGAGGAUACUUGGGACAGUUAACUGGAGUCCCAGUGAUUUCUGCUCCCAACUAGAUGAAUUCCAUUAUGAGGAGUAACUAAGAGCCAGUAACAUUUAGAAGCUAACAUUUGUGAUUCCCUCCAUAUAUUGUUCCCACCACAUUUGUGAUCAAUACUAUUCUCUAGGUAUGUUGGUUUGUAAUGAAGUAGAAGUCUGUUUGAUGGGUCAAUCCCAUGAAGAAUAAUUUAUAUACUUUUUAUAUGAUUAGAUUAGUUGUUGUCAUCAUAUGGUGGUCAUACAUGUAAUUUGACUAAACCCCAUCCACAUUUUCACACAGGUAUAAAAUUGUAAUAUCUCAAACUGGAGCCGUAUCUAGCAGAGGAGACUACUGGGAGGAGCUAUAGGAGGACCGGCUCAUGGCAUUUAUGGAAUGGAGUCAAACGCUGUUUCCAUUUGUUUGAUGUGUUUAAAACCGUUUCAUUUAUACCAUUUCAGCCAUGACAUUGAACCUGUCCUCCUAUAGCUCCUCCCACCAGCCUCCUCUGAAUUCUACAAUUUACGUUCUCUGUUACUCUUUACGUUCUCUGUUACUCUUUAACCUCUGUCAUUUUAUCAUGUCAUACUGCUCGUAAAUAAUCUUGUUUUUCCGACCAUUGUUGUAUAUCUUUAAUAAUUGUAUUUUUAAAGAGAAACUCUUGAUAAUAUUGACAGUACUGACUAGUCUCCCUGUGGCACUCUGUCACGGUGAAGAAAGAAAUGAAAUCUUAAUAAAGAAAUCCAUUCAGACCUGUUAAUAA